AUGAGUGACAAAAUAUUGAGGUUUCUUUCUCUUUUGGGUGUGGAUGCAUUUUGCUUAUGUUCUAACCCUUCAAAUAUUAUUAAGGAGAGGAAAUGGUGUUCGUGGUUGUAUAAGCUGUGCUGGAGGAACCACGCAUGGGCUUUAACAUUGAAGAGUGAUUCUGAUGGUAAAAGGCUUAAAUCAACAGGAUCCGAAGAUGAAAAUCAUAAACAGAAAGCUAAUAAUGAAACAGCUUCUGGAAAAGGAGGUGAACAAAAGAGUAAGCCAGUGUCUGAUCCAUCGAAGGAUUAUAUUCAUGUUCGAGCAAGGAGAGGUCAAGCAAGUGAUAGCCAUAGCCUUGCUGAAAGGGCUAGAAGAGAAAAGAUCAGUGAGAGGAUGAGAAUACUACAAGAUUUGGUCCCUAGGUGUAAUAAGGUCAUUGGCAAAGCAUUGGUACUUGAUGAGAUCAUAAAUUAUAUGCAAUCGUUACAGCGUCAAGUUGAGUUUCUCUCGAUGAAAUUAGAAGCUGUCAAUACGAGAACUAGCCCUAGUAUUGAAGGAUUUCCCUCUAAAGAUGAGAAUUCCAAGUGAGCGAUUUCGUGUAAUCGUGGCUAUUUUAAGAUCAUAUUCAAGGCUUUGCAAAACCAGGCCAGCAACCAAACAGAGCGUCACAGCAGCUAAAAGAGCACGCAACAGAAUAGCAGCUAUAGAGCUAGCAACUAAUAGAGCAGACAACAAAACAACAACAGCAAAAGUCAUAACAACAACGAGCAGAAGCAGAACAACAGUAGCAGUGUAGAAGCAGGACAGCAGUAUCAGUGCAGACAGAAGACACACAGCAACCAGAACACCUUGCAACACACUGCAUGCAACAGAACAGGCAAGCAGAAGCAGAGACAAGCUAGCAGCAUGCAACACAGAAACCAGCAGCCUGAACCAGCACACACCAACCAGAGCCAAAGCAGCCAAAAACAGAAAAAAAAAAUGAAAAUAUGUAACUUUAUAUAUAUGUUAGUAUUUCUAUAACAAUUGUAAAUGUCUAUUCAUCUUAUAACAGGCUUUGCAAAACCAGGCCAGCAACCAAACAGAGCGUCACAGCAGCUAAAAGAGCACGCAACAGAAUAGCAGCUAUAGAGCUAGCAACUAAUAGAGCAGACAACAAAACAACAACAGCAAAAGUCAUAACAACAACGAGCAGAAGCAGAACAACAGUAGCAGUGUAGAAGCAGGACAGCAGUAUCAGUGCAGACAGAAGACACACAGCAACCAGAACACCUUGCAACACACUGCAUGCAACAGAACAGGCAAGCAGAAGCAGAGACAAGCUAGCAGCAUGCAACACAGAAACCAGCAGCCUGAACCAGCACACACCAACCAGAGCCAAAGCAGCCAAAAACAGAAAAAAAAAUGAAAAUAUGUAACUUUAUAUAUAUGUUAGUAUUUCUAUAACAAUUUAAGUGAAAAAAAAUGAAAAAAAAAAAUUAUUUUUUGGGGCAUUUUUGGCACCGGUUUUGAAAUAGAACCGGUGCUAAAAGUUUUUUUUUAUUUUUUUAGGCCAUUUUUCGCAUCAGUUCACAGCAAGAACCGGUGCGUAAUCUUUUGGUUUUUAGCAUCCCUCAUAUAAGGACCGGUUCAAAACCGGUGCUAAAUGGGGGUUUUGAACCGGUGCCCGUUUGUAUCUUUCGCCUAGUGCAGUGUAUUAUGUCACAUAUUUUAUAGAUACAAAUCAAGUCAUUACAACAUAGGCCCUAGACCCAUACCAGUUGA